UCAGCCGCUUGACCUGCUUCUCCUCAGCAAGAACGGCUGUUUCAGAGUCUCUGGGCCUCUAUUUCCUCUCCCGGUUCCCUUCCCCUCUUAACAGUUGAUGCAAGACUUGGCCUGCCAGGCCUCUGCCUCUCUAGAUCCACUGAGCUAGCGUCCUCGGUCUGCCUCUCCACUUCUCUCUGCAUCUCUCCAGCCUGGUCAUUCUUAUUUUGUUUUGGUUUGGUUUUUGGUUUUUCAAGACAGGGUUUCUCUCUGCAUCUCUCCAGCCUCGUUGUUGUUGUUGUUGUUGUUGUUGUUGUUUUGUUGGUGUUGUUGAGGUAUGUAGCUCUCAUGAAGACGAAGCUCAUCGCCAUGUAGGCAGAUGCUUCACAAAUGCUGGCCUGCAGGGCUACACCACCAUGCCUGAUAAUGUGGUACAGGGGAUCGAGCCUCGGCCUCUGUGCCUGCUAGACAAGCACGCUGACAGCUGAGCUCUAGCCCCAGCCCCAGUUGCUUUACAUUUCUGAGAUAAGUUUCACCAAGUUGCCCUAAACAGAUUAGAUUUUCUUCUAGCACAGGCUGACCUUGAACUUGUAAUACACUUGCCUCCACUUCCAGGGUAACUGCUCUCAGACCCAUGCCACUGGGCCGGGCUCUGCCUCAGUCUGUCUCUAUUUUUCUCUUUCCCCCAGUCCAUCUAUCCACCCAUCUAUCGACCCAUUGGUCCUUUAUCUCUGCCACACCUGGGGAGCUCUCUCUCCCUUAGUUUAUCCCCAAUGUUCCCUUCCUCCCUCUCUUCCCACAGACAGAAUUUCAAAAGAGCAGGACAGGAGAGGGGAGCCCAGGGGGGAAGGCUGGCAAGGAUGAGCGAAAGGAAAAGACAGAGAGGAUGCUGUGGCAGGCGGGAGUUCCGGCAUCAGCUGUGUCCGUGGGCACGGUGCUCAGAGUGGGCACAGCGAGCAGCUGCAGAGCCCAGCACAUGGCCAGAGUCCAAGAGCCUUGAGCUAGAAGUAGACCUGCACAGUGUAGCACAGACAAGGACAGGGUGGCUGUCCCCGGAGGCUGUCCUGGGACACUAAGUCCUCCUGGUUCCAUUGCCUGAUUUCCUGCCUUUAGGGCUCGCACAGAUAGCCCACUGCUUCUGAGAGCUUGUUCCUCGAGCACCGUGCCAAAGGCUUUCAUCUUAACUGUCUCGCUUCAUCGUUGUAGCAUUGCUGGGACAAGAGUGGUAUUGUUAAGCCCCUUUUCCCAAAUGGAGAAAUUGAGACUCAGAAAGGUGAACCAGGCAGAUAGGCACCAAGCUGGCAAAAUGGUGGGGCUGGGAGCCUGCAGCCUGACUGGAGUUACCCUGAUCGUCUUGCUACUCCCCAGAAGUCUGGAGAGCUGUGGGCACAUCAGGAUCUCACCCCCCAUUGUCCGCCUGGGGGACCCUGUCCUGGCUUCCUGCACUGUCAGACCAAACUGCAGCAAACUGGACCAACAGCCAAAGAUCCUAUGGAGACUGCAAGAUGAACCAGAACAGCCCGGAGACAGACAGCAUCAUCUGCCUGAUGGGUCCCAGGAGUCUCUCAUCACUCUGCCUCACCUGAACUACACCCGGGCCCUCCUCUUCUGCAUAGUGCUCUGGAACAACAGCUUCCAGACCCUGGAUCAAGUUGAGCUUCGUGCAGGCUAUCCCCCUGCCAGCCCCUCCAACCUAUCCUGCCUCAUGUACCUCAGCACCAACAGCCUGGUCUGCCAGUGGGAGCCAGGCCCUGAGACCCACCUGCCCACCAGCUUCAUCCUAAAGAGCUUUAGGAGCCGCGCCGACUGUCAGUACCAGGAGGACACCAUCCUGGACUGUGUGCCAAAGAAGAGGCAGAGCAACUGCUCCAUCGAGCGCAAACACUUGCUCCUGUACCAGAAUAUGGUCAUCUGGGUUCAAGCAGAGAAUAUGCUAGGGUCCAGCCAGUCCCCAAAGCUGUGCCUUGAUCCCAUGGAUGUUGGCAGGGAAAGUCUGACAACCCCACCUUCCGCAGUGAAAUUGGAGCCUCCCCUGCUGCAGGCCCUGGAUGUUGGCCCGGAUGUAGCAUCUCGCCAGCCUGGCUGCCUGUGGCUGAGCUGGAAGCCGUGGAAACCCAGUGAGUUCAUGGAACAGGAGUGCGAACUCCGCAACCAGCCACAGCUCGAAGGAGCCAACUGGACUCUGGUGUCCCACCUGCCUUCCAGACGGGACCAGUUCGAGCUCUGCGGGCUCCAUCAGGCCCCAGUCUACACCCUACAGAUGCGAUGCAUCCGCUCAUCUCUGCCUGGACUCUGGAGCAGCUGGAGCCCUGGCUUGCAGCUGAGGCCCACCAUUAAGGCCCCCACCAUCAGACUGGACACAUGGUGGCAGAAGAAGCAACUGGAUCCAGGGACAGUGAGCAUACAGCUGUUCUGGAAGCCAACACCCCUGCAGGAAGACGGCGGACAGAUCCAGGGCUACCUGCUCUCCUGGAGUUCCUCGGGUCAGCAAGGACAGACCGCACACCUCUGCAAUACCACAGAGCUCAGCUGUAUCUUCCGCCUGCCCUCAGAGGCCCAGAACGUGACACUUGUGGCCUACAACACAGCCGGGACCUCUUCACCCACUCCAGUGGUUUUCCUGGAGAACAGAGGUCCAGCUGUGAGCAGACUCCAUGCCAUGGCCCAAGACCUUGAAAGCAUCUGGGUGGACUGGGAAGCCCCCAGCCUUGCGCCUCAGGGCUAUCUCAUUGAGUGGGGCCUGAAUUCCCGCAGCUACAAUUACAGCCAGAAGUCCUGGAUGAUAGAGCCUGGUGGGAACACCACUGGGAUUCUGUUAGAGGACAACAUACAUCCCUUUCAGCUCUACAGAAUCACAGUGGCUCCCCUAUACCCAGGCACCGUGGGACCCCCUGUAAAUGUCUACACCUACUCUGGAGAGAAAGCCCUUCCUCAUGCUCCAGAGCUACAUCUAAAGCAUGUUGGCAGGACCUGGGCACAACUGGAGUGGGUGCCCGAGACCCCUUGGCUGGGGAUGACACCCCUCACCAACUACACCAUCUUCUGGGCCGAUGCUGGGAACCACUCCUUCUCCGUCACCCUCAACAUCUCCUUCCAUGGCUUUGUCCUGAACCACCUGAAGCCCGCCAGUCUGUAUCAUGUCUACCUCAUGGCCACCAGCCGGGCAGGGUCCACCAACAGUACAGGCCUUACCCUGAUGACCAUGGCCCUUGAUUCAUUUGACAUAAACAUUUUCCUGAGCAUACUUUGCUUCGUACUUUUGUCCAUUACCUGCACAGUUGCCUGGUUCUGCUGCAAGUACAGCAAAAAGACUUUGUUCUGGCCAAAUGUGCCAGACCCAGCCCACAGCAGCCUGAGCUCCUGGGUACCCACCAUCAUGACAGAGGAAACCUUCCAGCUGCCCAGCCUCUGGGACUCCAGCGUGCCGUCAAUCACCAAGAUCACUGAACUGGAGAAAGACAAGAAACCAACCCACUGGGAUCCCAGUGAAAGCUCUGGGACCGGUAGCCUUCCAGCCCUGGUUCAGGCCUACGUGCUCCAAGAUCCAAGAGAAAUUGCCAACCAGUUCCAGCCUCCCUCUGGCACUAGUGACCAGGUCCUCUACGGUCAGGUGCUCGGGAGCCCCACCAGCCCAGGAAUAGUGCGGUACCUUCGCUGUGACUCCACUCAGCCCCUCUUGGGGGGCCCCACACCCAGCCCUAAAUCUUAUGAAAACAUCUGGUUCCAUUCAAGACCCCAGGAGCCCUUUGUGCCCCAACCUCCAAGCCAGGAAGAUGACUGUGUCUUUGGGCCUCCAUUUGAUUUUCCCCUCUUUCAGGGGCUCCAGGUCCAUGGAGUUGAAGAACAAGGGGGUUUCUAGGACUUUGGGGGUUCUUGCAUCUUGGAUGCCCUGGCCUAUUCAGAGGAGAAGAGCACUCCACUGAAAUCUACAGGCCCAGAGAGAAGCAGCAAGGCCCAUUUUGUCUCCAUCUCUGGCCCCUAGCACCUGUCCUUUAACCUCCCCAGGCUAUACCCCCAGGUCACUCUCAUACUCUAAGGUCCAGAUAGAUACUGCUAGUCAGUCACCUUUCGUCUUUCAUAUAAUUUCAGUCCAUUAAACUGAUUGUAGGUUUUGAGUUGGGGCUGGCAUUUUCAGAAAUUCUGGAUGGACAUGGUGGUACAUGCCCAGCAUCCCAACAUCUGGGAGGAAGAUGCAGAAAGAUUGCAAGUUCCAGGCCAUACCGGACUACAUAGGGAGAUCCUGUCUCAAAACUUAAGCAAAAGCUAAAUAAAUAAUAAUUUUUUUUAA